UAAAUUUCGCUUUACGUUCAGAACCCUAACACUAACAAUUUCUCGCAAUUAGGAUCCUUUUUUUUUUCCGCCGAUGUAUGGAUCCGAGAGUAACAGGGAAGAUUCGGAGCGAACCGCUUUCAGAAGAGCGGAGAAGAAUUACAAGCUCUACUACGAUACCAAUGCUUCCAAGAACAAAAAGAAGAAAAAACCCAAACCGGUGGACUUGACGGAAGUUCUUGACUUCCGUUCAAUUUUAGAAUGCCACGAUCGAAACGGCGAGCUUCCUCCGUUUGUUAACGUCAUUCACGACAAGUUCAGCUCCCCUGUGUUCUCCUUGCAAAAUCGCCCAGGUUUUUAUUUUAUUCCUGGGGCGUUGAGCAUAGAGAAACAAUGCAGUUUGAUAAGGGAGAGUUUGAUUGAUUUCCCACAGCCACCUAAUAGAACGAAUCACAAUGCGAUCUAUGGUCCUAUACACAAUCUAUUUGAUGAAGCAAAAGAAGGGAAGGUUCUGGUAGAAGAGUACUCUCCCGUUGGUUCACCUGAGCUAGGUCCUGAUUGCGGUUUUCAAGAUGGUAAGAGGUGGAAGUUCGUAACAGAAAAGGAAGAGCUCAUAAGGAAGGGAAAAUCUGUUUCUGCUUCUGCUUUGCUGCGGAAGCUGAGAUGGAGCACCCUUGGCCUACAAUUCAAUUGGUCCAGGCGGAACUAUGAUGUAUCUCUCCCACAUAACAAAAUCCCUGAAGCUCUGUGUGAUCUGGCCAAAGAAUUGGCUAAACCUGCAAUGCCUGCUGGUGUUGAAUUCCAGCCUGAAGGUGCAAUAGUGAAUUACUUUGGUUUAGGUGACACACUGGGUGGCCACCUUGAUGACAUGGAAGCAGACUGGAGCAAGCCUAUAGUUAGCUUAAGUUUGGGCUGCAAAGCUAUAUUUCUUUUGGGUGGAAAAACUAGAGAGGAUCCUCCCUUGGCAAUGUUUCUUAGAAGUGGUGAUGUUGUACUCAUGGCCGGAGAAGCAAGGGAAUGCUUUCAUGGUGUUCCACGGAUAUUCACAGAUGAAAAAAAUGCUGAAAUAGACCAUCUUCAGGCACAACUUUCACAUGAAGAUGAUCUUUGUUUCUUAAAAUACAUUCAAACUUCAAGGAUCAAUAUCAACAUCAGACAAGUUUUUUGAGUAGUGUGUUUCUUUUCUUCCAAAGUGAAAUUUUGGUUGAUUAGCUGAUGAAAAAUGAAAUGAUGUAUCAUUGUAUAAUUUAAUUUGACUAUGGCUUAAUUUUCAUCUUUAUUCUGACAAUUAAGUCUUGUCCAGAAAACCACCCAGUCUCUGGAAUUCUUUGUCCUCACCAGUUUCCUUAGACGAAGAAAAUUAGACCAGGUUAGCGGGUCCAACAAAAAAAAAACUAGUCAGUGAAAAUAAGUUAUUCUUUUUCUUAUGCUUUAACACUAUAAUCUUUCAAAAACGUAGUAUUAAUUUGACAAAUAAUAACAAAAAGAACAUUUUCUUUAUACAUAA